AUGGGAAAAAACGAAAGCAAUAAUAAAGUAAACAUUAUGGAGCAAAUAAUGUGUGCUCUUUUUUUUGACCCUAACUCUGGAAAGGGUAAAAAAGAAAACAUUAACAUAGAAAACAUUAACAAAGUUAUGAAUAUAAUAAUGCGUGGUCUUUCUUUCGACCCUAACUCUGGAAAAGGUAAAAAAAAAGACAUUAACAUAGAAAACAUUAACAAAGUUAUGGAUCUAAUAAUGCGUGGUCUUUCUUUCAACCCUAACUCUGGAAUGGGUAAAAAAGAAGACAUUAACAUAGAAAACAUUAACAAAGUUAUGGAUCUAAUAAUGCGUGGUCUUUCUUUUAACCCCAACUCUGGAAAGGGUAAAAAAGAAAUCAUUAACAUGAAAACCAUUAGCAAAGAAAACAAAGAAAACUAUGUGGAUCAAGCCAUCCGUAUUCUGGUUCAAUCCCUUGGAAAGGACAAAAAAAAAAAUGCAGACCAAGUCAAUCAAAGCAACGAUGAUAUGGCCUCAAAUCCAAUGUUUGGUGAUAAAAUGCACGGCGAACCCCAAAACUUAAAUGAUAAUACACAGAUUGCAUCUGUAUCAAAUCCCAGCUCACAAACAUCGUCUUUCUCAGAAACCACUUCUGAAACAUCCACGGUAAUUUGUAAUGAUUUGCCACAGGAUAACUCGAUAAAAACCUUUAUAAGUUCUCUUGAGGGUCGUAUUCAGCAGUUAGAGGAAAAGUCAAAAAAACAUGACGAGGAAUUUAAAAAGCAGAAGGAUAAACUGAAAAAGGUAGAGGAGGAGUCAAAAAGGAGACAUGAAGCAAUGCGAAGACAAAACGAGCAUUUAAAAGAACAAUUGAAAACGUUGGGGGAUGAAUUGAAAAACAAGGGGCCAAAGAAACAAUUAUAA